GUGGUUAGCAACGUGGGAAUCUGAGCUUCUCCGCUUUGGAGGGGUGCUGAAGCUGACCGUUCUGCCGGUCUGUCCGUCAGCCUGCCUUUCUUCUUCGUCCUUCCGGGACACCCCGUCUGGAGGGAGUACUUGUCAUAAUGGCUGCUAUUUAUUCUGGUAUAUCCCUUAAGUUGAAAAGUAACAAAACUGCCUGGGAAGACAAACUGAAAUUGGCUCACUUUGCAUGGAUUUCUCAUCAGUGUUUUCUUCCAAAUAAAGAACAAGUAUUACUUGACUGGGCAAGACACAGUUUGGUUACAUAUUACAAGAAAAAACUUGAACUGAAGGAGGACAUUGUUGAAAGACUUUGGAUCUACCUGGAUAGCAUCCUGCACAGCAGAAAGUUACAGACUCUAAUCAAGAAUGGAAAGACAGUAAACCUCCAUUUUUCACUAGCCAAGAUCAUAAAUGAAAGAAUAUCUGAGUUCUCUGCUUCUGAUACCCAAAGAAAUGUGUGUGCUGUGCUGAGCUGCUGCCAAGGCGUUCUCUCAACGCCCGCUCUUGCUGUCAUAUACACAGCCAAGCAUGAGCUGAUACUGGAAUUAUUAAACAAGCUGUGCUGGCUGGCAUGUCGACGUCCAGAAGGAACCUUUAUAUCCCAGCUGUUUGAGGUUCUCCACUUGGCCUUUAGUCAGUAUCUCCUGAUCCAGCGUCAGCAAGUCAAUCCAAACCGUGUGUUUGGGGAAGUGAUUGGGCACCUAUUCCAGCCGUGCCUUGUCUUAAGACACUUGCUUUCUGUUGGCACGUGGGCACAGUGUGACCAAGGCCGUGUGCGGCAGUACCUGAGCAGGGAAGUUCGGAAUCAGAUUGAGUUGGUCAUUCAAGGGGGAAUCUUUCAGCCAGAAUUAUUGUCUUCUUACAAAGAGGAGCUCCUAUUGAAAGAACAGUCAAAGGACAAGAAGAAAGAGGCUAUUAAAAAUAUCCUGACACCAACUGACACCAUGAUCAACAAAUUGGUUGAUGUGGGCUCCUGUGAACCAUCUCUCCAUGUAACUGUUGUGGCUAACUCAGUGUCUUUACUAUAUAAACUCUUUUUGGAUUCUUACUCUAAGGAAGAAAAUCAACUCAUUUGUUUCCAUUUGCUCCCCAAGCUUUUUGGCUGUCUGAGGAUUUCAUGCCUGCCAGACGAGCAGGUAGAAGCCCUUUUGCUAUCAGACUGGACUAAUGAACUUUUGGUUGUAGAACAGCUCCUGAACUUGGUGGCCAACAACAGUAUCUACAACGUGGCUGCUGACCGGAUCCGGCACAAGGAGAUCCAAUUCCAGUUUUAUCGCCAACUUGCUGAGCUCCUGAUAAAACAUUCGCGGGCCUCUGUGCCAGCAUGGUUCCGAUGUCUCAAGACUUUGAUCUCCUUGAACCAUCUGAUUGUGGAGCCAGAUCUGGAUGACCUAGUUGCUUCAGCCUGGAUUGAUGCAGAAGUAACUGAGCCUCGAACCAAGAAAUCUCAGGAAUCCCUCAUCGAUGCACUGUUCCAGACUUAUGCCAAACUCAGACAGGUGCCUCGGUUAUUUGAAGAAGUUUUGGGUGUGAUCUGUCGGCCAGCUGCUGACCACCUGAGGCAACCCGUUUUGACUUUGAACCUGACGGUAGCGCUUCGGGAUUGUCUCGUGGAGUUGCCUCCAAAUCAGAUUCUGGAUACUUGGUCGCUUCUGCUAGAGAAGUGCCAGGCAUUGGUGCUGCCUUAUGUGAAGGGUGAUUCUGACAUGGCCCUCAAGUUGCUGUCCCUGAGUUUAUUGCUGCAUGGUAUCUUGUUUAGCAUGAGAUGUUUGGAUAGCGGCACUCCACUGCCUGUUGUCAAGCGCACUCAGCGGGUAAUGGAGAAAAUGCUUCAAGAGGUCAUUCAGCCUAUGCUUAACCUUCUGAGCAAUUACCAGUCCCAGACUUCAAAGCUUGAUCUAUGGCUAGAGAAGGUCAGGGAUUCCGCACUCCUGCUCUCCUAUACAUGGGCAGAAAUUGACACUAUGCUUAGUUUGAACUGCAGGCAAUAUGUCCCUGUAGUAGGGGCUGCCAGCAUUUCCUCCGAGACCUUGAACCUCUCUUCAUUCCUUGCAGGCAUCAAUAUGAAACAGUGGGAAAAGGUAGAAGAACUUACAAAGCAUUUUGCCUUUACUAGCAGGUAUUGCUUAGAACUGCUCUAUAUGCAGAAAAUGAAAAGGACUUUAAUGCGAAUGAGCUUCCAGUCUGAUAUAGACCUCCAGACUUUAAGGGAUGAUGCUGCCUUCAUUCUGCAUUCUGGCAACAAAAGCAUGAAACAAGGGGAGAUAACUAUGUGGAAUCAGCAAAUAGGGACAUUGAGUGCUUCCUCUUACCCAGUUGCACACUGGCACUUGAUUAUGUCAAAUCUUACAAUUCUUAUUUCCUAUCUCUCUUCAAAUGAUGUGACCUAUAUAGCCAGUGUACUGCUUGGGACUCUGCCCACGACUAAAACCCAGGAAAGCUCAGCAGAGGAAGAAUCAUCUAUUACAAUUGGACAAGUGUCCCGAGCUUUGUUUCACAGUCCCCUUUUUCCAGAAAUGCAAUCUCUCCACUCUGCUUUCUUAAGCUGUGUAAUUGAGAGAUGCACUAGGAUUCUGCUUUCUGGCAACCAUAACGACAAGAAACUCCUAAGUCAACAGUUACCCUGGCUUUUUGAAAAAGAUCACAUAAUUAUAACACAGUGGGAACUCAAAUCUGAAAAACAUAGACCUGAAACUUUGGAAUCAAAGGAAGGAGUUGCUCAGAACUUACUGACAUUAGCAAAGACAGACAUCCCCAUUAUUUUGAAGGGAGACCAACUAGAGAGAAUCAUGGACUUACUGGAAUUUUUUUCUGUUUUAAAACUAGACUCUCUCUUGCCAUCGCACCAUGUACACUGUUUUCUUUUGUUACUAUCCAUGGCAACCAACACCAAAGCUGAUAGCUCUUGCUUGUCAACAGGGAGUCUCAAAUUUCUAAUGACUUCUUACCAGCUCCUUGAUUACUUACAAAGGGGCAAAAAUGCCCGCUUAAUGUUUAAGAUCAUGUAUGCUAGUGAUAUAUUUGAGGUCAUAUUGACUUCGCUGUUUAAUGUAAGCAAGAGAUUUCUCAUUGACGUGGACACACCUUGCUGGUUGGAAUUUCUCCAGGUAAUAGGGACUUUCUUAGAACAUUUUUUUGAGGUAACUGUCCAGUUGAAGUUGAGUCUGGUCCUCAAUUUUGAGAAAAUCUUAUCGUUUCUCUCAAGUUGCACGAUAUACAAGGAAGCAACCUCAGGCAAGCACUUGGAAAACAGAGACUCCCCAAGCAGGCAACUUCUUUUGGUGUCUCUAACUAAGUUGUGUCAAAUUUUGAGUUGUUAUGUUGAGCAGAAGAAGUUCUCAAGUAGGCUACCUGAUUUAUUACAGCAAGCCAUCCUCCACACCGGCAUAUUUGUCCAGCAUUGCUCAGAGAACAAAGACUGGCUCCUUCCUUCAGUUUUCAUUUCAUCUGUUACUACGCUCCUUGAAGUUGAACUGAACCAUCAAUCCAGGGCCAGAGACUCAGUGUGUUCAGAAGCCAAAGACAGCAUGCUGCUUUCCCAUACUGCUCAGUAUAGGAAAGUUUAUUCUUGGAUAUUGACAGAAUUGCCAAGUCUGGCAGCAAAUGACCAGUCAUUCAAGUUAGCCUUGCAGUUCUUGACACUGUUCUCUUCGAUUCUAGAGUUGCAUCCUAGCGAGGAUACAGUUUUUGUUAGUAUAUUUCAUUCCAUAAAAAGAGUACUUGCUGAUCCUAGAAUACAGGUCAGUGAAGAUGUGGAACCUCUUAUGGUGGCACUGUUUAACCAGUUGCUGGUUGAUGGCACCACUGAGGAAUUUCAGAUGGUAAUGCAGCAUAUACUCCAGGGACUAGAGAUCAGCAACAUUUGGAGACCAGAUAUAAAUGAUAUUUUGUCAGCUAUUAAAUUGAUCAAAUUGCUGCUCAAAUGCCCUUCAGAUGGAGAGAAAAUAAGAUCUUUCUGGGUGGUCUGCCCUCAGAUAAUCUCAGCUUUAACUUUUCAAAACAAAGAGGCUUGUCAGGACCAGUCCUUGCUUCUCACUGUUGUUGUACCCAUUUUAGAUACAGUGGCUUCUUUGCUUCGCCAAGGAGAAAGCAUAAUUAAAAAUCCACAUCACGUCAGCCUGGCAUUCAGUAUUCUCUUGGCAGUCCCUUUGGAUCACCUGAAGCCCCAGGAAUACAGUAGUGUCUUCCUAGGGAUACACGAAGUACUCUUUUCCAUCCUGCAGUGUCACUCAAAGGUGAUGCUGAAAGCCUUGCCCUCUUUUCUGAACAGUUUUUACAGACUGGUAUCUUCAGUUAUGCAUGAAGGCCGUCAGAAAGACAAAGGGAAUACAGAAGAUCUGACCAUAGUUUUGGAAUGUGCACGCUUGGUAGAAAGAAUGUAUAGCCACAUAGCUGCAAAGUCUGAAGACUUUACAAUGUUUUCUUCUUUCAUGGUGGCCCAGUAUGUGAGUGAAUUGCAAAAGGUGACUCUGUAUCCAGCUGUGAAGAACCUGCUGAAGGAGGGAAUUUAUCUUAUACUGGAUCUCUGCAUUGAACGGGACAUCCAUUUCCUAAGGACCUCAUUACAGCCUGGUGUGAGAGAAGUCUUUAAGGAACUGUACAAUGACUAUACCAAAUAUCACAAGAAUAAAAACAGAGGGGAGGAAAAAUACACUGCUUAAAUCUUUGUAAUAGCCUUAUAAAAUAGCUAUUAUUGAUUCUUUAAAAUUGUAUUAAGCUUCAAAUACAAUUUCUAU